AUGUCUCAAUUCACCCUUGACAGCACAUAUUUGAAUGAUUCCAAGAAGAUAAUCAGUGAAAGGAUUAUUCCGUGGGAGGGUCUUGCGAGAUCUAGAGCUGUCACCGAAGAUGAUGCCAAUCAUAUAAAGAUUUUAGAAAAACAAUCCGUUGAAAAUAGGGACAAAACCGUAAAGUCGCAAUUGGACUUGUACUCCAAAGUAUUACUCAACGUUUUGAGUAAGGUCGAUAAAGAUGACGUUGUUAAGAAUGUGUUGACAUUGAUUAAUGAUUUGUUGAUUAAGGUCCCUGAGUUUCAGGACGCACUUUUGAAUUUAUCCUCAAUUGAUAAGGAUCUACCAUUUGACCCAUUUGUCAAACACUUGGACAAGGACCCGUUGAUUACAUCAUUGGCGUUGUAUAACUUGGUUAUUCUUGCCAAGGGUUCGCCAGAUAAGGAAGUGAUUAUCCGUGCAUUUACUGCAAUCACCCAGCUUAUCGAAAAUAGUGAUUCGAAUUUCCAAUUCAUUGGGAUUCAAUUGCUUCAAGAAUUGGUGACAAACAGGAAAUACAAGACAAUUUACCAGGAAAACAAUCUCUUGUCCAAUUUCAAACCAAUAAAUGCAUUGGUCACCAAACUGUCCACCCACCCCAAUGCAACUGGUUUGCAAUUGUCAUAUAAUGUGUUGUUGGCAACUUGGAUAUUAUCUUUUAAUGCCGAGAUUAACAAGUCAAUUAUUCACAAUUUCCCACAAAUUGCCGGCUCACUUUUAUCAAUUGCCAAAGAGUCAAUUAAGUUGAAAAUUGUACGUAUUUCAGUUGCCGUGUUAAAAAAUUACGUUAGCUGUUGUGUGUCUUCUCAAGAGCAAUUCAAAGUUGUCAAGUUGUUGUUGUUUCAUGAUGCCUUGACCACAAUAAAAACAUUAAAGGAAAGGAAGUUUGCUCAGAAUGGAAGCGAUGAAGAAUUGUGCAGUGAUCUUGCUUAUUUGUCAGAUACCUUGGAAGAAACAGUCAAAACUAAAUUAACCUCAUUUGACGAGUACCUCACUGCUUUGGAAAACCCCAAGUUAUUAAGUUGGGCUUCGCCAAUACACAAAUCUACCGAUUUCUGGUUGGAAAACUCAGGCAAAUUUAAGGACUCAAACUAUAAAUUGGUAAAGAGAAUAUUUGAUAUCUUGGGUGCCAAUUCUAAUGACACAACCAUUUGCGUGGUAUUGUUGAACGAUUUGCAAUACUUGAUCAAAAAUCUCGGUCAGGAUUUGAUCCAUUUCAUCAAUACUGAAAAGGGGGGUCUGUACAAGGUGAUGAUUAUGUCGUUUUUGGAAAACAAUCAAGGAAACAAUGAGCUCAGAUAUGAGGCAUUAAAAACCAUUCAAUUACUCGUUGGUCAAAGCUUUUGA